CCAGGAGGACCGAGAGGGCGGCCCAGCAGCCAGCCAGUUCCCGCGCGUCCUGCGACUCGGCGGCCUCGCACCCCUCCGACUCCGCAGCAUGGUCGUUAAGAAGAUUGCGCUCUUCGGCGCCACCGGCAGAACCGGGCUCACCACACUGGCGCAGGCGGUGCAAGCAGGUUAUGAAGUGACAGUGCUGGUGCGGGAUGCCUCCAAGCUGCCCUCAGAGGGGCCCCAGCCAGCCCACGUGGUAGUGGGCGACGUUCGGCAGGCGGCUGAUGUGGACAAGACCGUGGCUGGGCAGGACGCUGUCGUCGUGCUGCUGGGCACCGGCAGUGACCUCAGUCCUACCACAGUGAUGUCCGAGGGUGCCCGGAACAUUGUGGCAGCCAUGAAGGCCCAUGGCGUGGACAAGGUCGUGGCGUGCACCUCGGCCUUCCUGCUACGGGACCUGGCCACCGUGCCCCAACGACUGCAGGCUGUGACCGAUGACCACAUCCGGAUGCACAACGUGCUGAAGGAGUCGGGCCUGAAGUACGUGGCCGUGAUGCCACCACACAUAGCCGGAGACCAGCCGCUGACUGGGAAGUACUCAGUGACCCUGGAUGGACGAGGGCCCUCGAGGGUCAUCUCUAAACACGACCUGGGCCACUUCAUGCUGCACUGCCUGACCACCGAUGAGUAUGACGGCCACAGCACCUACCCCUCCCACCAGUACGAGUAGGGUGCCAGCCCCACCCCAGAGGACGGCAUCCUGGGAAAUGGAGAACAAAGGAAGGGAGCAAUAAAUCCUGAGCCAAGAGCUUCAAAUUAU